UCUGUUGAAGUACACGUAUACACACAACACCAAACAUCUGAUGAAGAAUGCACACUCUAUUAACCACAGAAUAAUGUCAGGGACUUUGGGAUGUUCUACUGGAUGACUCAUCAGCAUUUUGCAGUUGCUGUGAUACCUGUUGAAACCACAGAGUGAUCAGUUGCUGAACAAUGUUCUUCAUGUCUGUUGGAUCCAUUCAAGAUGGCAGUCACCUCUGAAUCCUCUGCUGUGACCAACUUUCCUCUCCGGACCUUCAACUCAGGACCUGGCUUCAGAAGAGAUGCAUCUGCGAGAGACCAACAACCCACCAAGAAAUCAGCCACAGAGCGACUGACAGAGACUCGGUCCAAAUAUGUCCGACGAGGCAGCCGAGAGGAGCUGGAAGACAAAGGAGAAGAAAAUAGGACGCACAGCGACACUCACAGGGUGCACCAGGUGCCCUUGUCCCAUGAAGAAACACAGGGUCACUUAUUCAGGGCCGUGCCUUACGUCCAAGAUGGUGGCAGAAGCCCUGCCCAAAAGUCCCACGCUAGGCUUCCACCUCCCGUCCCGGAAAAACCUUCUCAACGGAACCGAAAAGGCAGUAGAGAUCGCACGCUGGAGAUUGUGGAAGCCUCGUUAGGACACAGUGUGCGGCGAUCCUCUAAUGAUGUGCCUGUCUCCCCAAGAGGAGCUGUCGUCAGUACAGAUUUUUCCAAUCCCAGUUCUCCGAGUGCUGGUAGCCGUGUCCGUAGACUAAAGGAGCAGUUUCUGAACUUCGGGUCUGCCGAAAGUGGGAGCGAAUCCAGCCAGGGUCCAGUGUCCCCGACCGAAUUGUUGAAGUCAAGCAGCUCAUCUGAUUCUGCUCUCAUUUGGAAAAAGCGUAGUGUCCCCAGUAAUCCACAAGAUGCCCAAGCAUCUGAUUUCCAGGCUCCCUCAGAAGUGGAUGCCUUGAAAUCAAAAGAGGUACUUCAACGGCCAAGUCGUACUUUGUCUGAAAAACCAAAUUUGCUUGAGAGAAGUAAAGUAGAAGCAGCCGACCCCUCUGAAAAUCCUGGCACUGCCAGUGAAGAAGACCAUGAUCCGACAGAAGAAUCGGGGAUGAAGUCAAAACCCCAACAGGCUUCAGCCACGUCUUCAGAAGGACUCAGUGACCAGACCAGAAGGCAGAUGGAGCGCUUCAAAGCCAGAUAUGCAACCGACUUUGCGAAGGAGAGUAGCCAAGGACGGAAGAUCAGCAGGAUCACCCUGAAGCCAACAAAUCAUGAAGCAGAAAGCAAAGAAAGAAGUAGUUCAGUGAAUUAUGGGCCGUCUCAUAAACUUUCAUAUGGUGUGGUCAGACCAAGAUCCAACAUUUCAAAAGAGGAAAGUCCUGGUCAGACUUCACAAGUUGCCUCGAAACCAGACUUGUUUUCCAGACCUCGUGCACCUGUUAACAUUCCACCUGUGUCAGAUGGAAAUGAAAAUUCCACUGAGGAAAUUAAACAGAAUGGCAUGUCUCAGAAAUUGAACUUGGCAAGCCAUCACGAUGGAAACUUUAGAACAGGAAGGUUGGACCCAGACAUUUCCAAGCCUAUGACAUCUGAUGAUAUACGUAGACUGAGGCGAACUAAAGAGUACAAUAUAUCUGGAAAGUCUCCUGAACGUUGGGGAGAUGCUGAAGAAACGAGCAAAAGCCAGGGGUCAGUGCUGGAACAUGCAGUUCACCAUGCUGGAGACAGGGUCUUAGUGCAAGUCGGCGGUAGUGUCUUCCCAUCAAAGUAUCAUGUCAGCGACGAGGCCUUCCGGUCAAUGCUGCAGCCACCAGACACUCGCCAUGAGGAUUCCUCGGUGGAGGUCAUACACAGGAGAGCCAAGUCAGAUCUGGAUCAGCACAAUCCAGCUCUUGGCGCCCCAAACAUGCCAAAGGAAGAUGCCAAUUCCAAUCGUAUGAGACAUCAUAGUCAGGGUGACCAAUUGCAACACGACCCUCUCUUCCCAACGUCUGCAAGAAAAACCUCAGCACAAAGCGUUCUCUUCAAGCAUGCCAAGACCAGUCCUGACAAUAUCAAAAACUUUAAAGAGAAGUCCUGGGCGCCAGUAAAUUUCAGUCAAAACCAAAACACGAACGAUGCACACAAACAAGGCGCGCAAGAAGGCCUCGUUCAAAAUAGAAGGGCCUUGUCUCCUGACACUUCCAGAACUCGGACAACAGCCACUGAGUUGCAGAAUCCACAGACCCACAUACAUGUACUUCAACAACACACACCAAGAAAGAUCUCACAAGAGGAUAGCCACGAGCAUGCAAAGUCUACGGUUCAGAGCUUCCUCAGUGGAAUCAUGACCAGUCCUGGAGGUGGUGAAAUCCAUGAUAGUCCGCGAACCCUGUACAAUGAUGGCAACGGCAACCAUAUUGCCUUGGAAUUUUCAGAUAACGAGACACACACUUCUGGAACCCAUUGGGCACGUCCAGCAAAUGGUAGUGAUGACGCAAACUCAAACAUCCAAAAUAAUAAUAGGGCUCGGGUUUCUGUCUCAAAGGACGUAGAACUAACUGCAGUGUGGGAGAAGAGAGAACCUAGUAUGACUCCCACUGGUAAGGAGACAUCAGGGAAAAUGGAACACAGAAGGAAAUAUCUGGGACCGUCCAUGGAAGGAGAAAGAACUGACGAGUUAGACAAGAGGAGAAAGUUUAGCCAUAACUCAGACACAUCCUCGUCAAAUCAGGACAGAGGGCAUCUGGGUUUUAAAGUUGCGGGAUGGUCCAGUGUGGAACCACAGAGAGUCAAGAAGGUGAGCCUUGCAGAUCUUCUGAGUAAAGACACCACUCAGGAGAAAACAGAAGCAACAAAAUCCAACCAAGAAGGCAAUUCCAAGUGGGUGGCACCACCAAAGCCCUACGAAAGUAACAGGGAUGACUCAGAGACGGACAGUGACGUAGAGCACCGACAGACCAAAAUCCUGAGGGUGAAGAAACCUCCAAGGCAUGCCAAUCAGAAGAAGGAAGACAAGUCACUGGAGAACCUGCUGUCCCGGAUAAUCAACCCCGACGACGAGCUUAACACUCUGAAGAGAGGGACCAAAGUGAAAGCUCGCGAGAAUCCCAAAGCGAAGGUCUCUCGCACGUCUAGCAAAAAUAACUGCGGCAGCAGCACAGCUGAAUCCGACAAUGAGGCAAAAAAGGAGAAGGACCUGGCAAUAAAGAAGUCCUUGCCAAAAAGGGACAUCCCACAUUUCCAGGCUAGUGCUGAAGUCCGUAAACCCCUCCAUAACCGCAAUCGAAAUGCCAAACCAGUAAACCGUGAAGAUGCCGUCUCACCCCCGGAGUCCUUGACUUCUCCGACCAGACGCGACUUCCGCCGCCGCCGCUCCAAGUCGGACCUGGGCGUGAGUCCCCGCUGCUCCGUCUCCAGUGCCCACUCGGACGUGGAGCGCUUCUUCAACCAGAUGGGGCUGAAUGAGAGCUUCUUCCAAGGCCCGCUCUCCCCGAUGCCGUACAGCGACGAGGAGGAAGUCUUCCACGAGAUGCACGAGUACAAGCACGUCAGAGAUGACGAUGACGGGACUUUCAGCACGGAGAACUCGGACAACAUCUCCCGGGGGAGCAAAGUGAGCGAGGAGGGUCUUCGUCGUGCCAAGAAGCUCCCGGACACCUCCCAGUCCAUCAUCACCAAGAAUGCCCGGGUCAUCAAGUGGCUGUGCCAGAUGAGGAAAGCGCGUGCAGCCAGUAUCUCGUGAUGAUCAACAGAAACAGUUUGUACUACCCGUAGGUUCAAUUCAGCUGGCUGAUGUGUCUGGCAAUGGGGGUUGCCAGAGGGGGUGGGGUGUAUUUGAGAACCCCCUUCACCAUUCUUGUCGGCAAAACCGCCAUUCUUGUCAGCAAAGUCGUUGUCCACCUUGAAUGCCGCCCUCGAGUGUCAGAUGGUGUCCAGGCCCGUGCCGCCAACAUCGCACAUCCUUCAUUUCUUUAGACUGAUGCUGUAUAAACAAAUACGCCUGGCACAAAAAGAAACUAAGCAGUUUUUAUAAGGCCAAAAAAAAAAGUCUCCGGUUUCUGGUAUGCGCGCGCGU